GUUUAAUUUGAUGUAAGUAACGCUCGCUUUUUGAUUCCAAGGAAGUUUUGAAUCAUAUUCUAGACAGGCUGAUUUUGGAAUUCAAAGUCUUAUCAGCUGUGCUGCUUAGUAAAUGAAAUGAUCAGCCGUGUGUGCUGUGUAACGCGGGUCAGAAGAGGAUAACGUUUGGAUGGAGAAGAUGGACGUUGAACAUGAUGUGGCGGGAAUUGAGGCAGACAACAAGGAACGAUCAUGGCUAAGACGGAUGGGCGAUCGCUUGACCAACAAGUUUAGGAUUCGCAAUCAGCUGGCUAGGGAGUUUUUGGCAGAAUUUCUAGGAACGUUCAUCCUUAUCAUUUUUGGAGAUGGUUCUGUCGCUCAGUUCGUUCUAAGUAAAGGGGAACUUGGAUCCGCCCAUUCCGUUCACUGGUCAUGGGGUGUUGGAGUUAUGAUGGGAAUCUAUGCAUCUGGGGGAGUAUCGGGUGGUCAUAUUAAUCCGUCAGUGACGUUAGCGAUGGCUGUGAUAGGUCGUUUCCCCUGGCACAAGGUCCCAGUUUACAUGAUAGCACAAUACUGCGGGGCAUUCUGUGCUUCUUUCUUCAUUUUCAUCAUUUAUUUAGAUGCACUAGAUCACUUUGACGGCGGGACGCGAAUGGUGGUAGGUAUUAACGGCACUGCCGGAAUCUGGGCCACUUACCCCCAAGAGUUUGUCUCUAUACCUACAGCGCUUGGGGAUCAGAUAUUUGGUACAGCUCUGCUACUGAUCUGUGUAAUGGCGAUCACGGACGAGCGGAACAUGAACCCCAGUAAAGGUCUGGUGCCGAUAUGUGUGGGGCUGUCGGUCUUUGUGAUUGGCAUGACCUACCACUUUAACUGUGGCUAUGCCAUCAACCCAGCCCGAGACUUAGCCCCUCGUUUGUUCACGCUCGCUGCUGGCUGGGGUGACAGUACGUUUACUCACCGUGAUUAUGGAUAUUUCUGGAUUCCGAUUCUGGGUCCUCACAUUGGUGCUAUCAUAGGAUGCGUUCUCUACAUACUAUUUGUUGGUCUGCAUUGGCCUCCAGAAUACGAAGUUACUAGUGACAUUAGAAUGUCCAACAAGGGACAGAACAAAAGCAGAGAAUUUAAAGAUUUGCAGGAGACGUGAGUGUUCACAUAAUUUUAAAAAUGUUGGCAGCACCAGAGAUUAUUUACUACUUACUAGAUUAAGGAACCCUUUAUUAUGUUUAUUUUUAUCCCGUGAUGCGGUAAUAAAUGUCCAUCGAUAUGAAUUAAUAACAUUGUUUAAAUUGUCAUUGUUAUUUCCAAAAUUCUUCGUACAAAUACGUUAGUAUGAGUGCUUUUUGUUACACUUGUAUAUAUCUUGUACAUGUACCCAUAUUCUUCUCAUUGAAGAAGUAUUUCAAUUUUAAUAGAAUAAUAUUUUUUGGAAUAUUUGUGAUAAAAGAUAAAGGAGAAAUGGCAUGGAUAAAAACUUUGUUGGUUCUUUUUAACUGUGUGUAAAGGUUCCUAAAGAGCAAAACGUACAACACCUCCGGGCCACCGCCAUUUUAGAAUAUAUAUGUAUAUUAUUGUAUAGACAACUCUUAUUCUUUUAUAUAAUUUAUGUGAAUUGUAGUCAAUAAAUUUGUUAAACAUA